GUCUUAUUCUCCAUCACAAGAGUAGGAUUCGACAUGGCCCUGUGGUUUUUAAUGACCUGUGUUAUUGCCAUCGCUACAAGCUAUGGCGAAAGCUUGAUCAACCGCGAUGUAUUUCCCGAUGGCGACCCCUUUGGAAAAGGCCCGAUCAUUGACAGGCGCCUACGUGAACCCACAAUUGAUUCUAUUUCUAACAUUUUACUGUCAUUGCUUAUUGAUGCUUCUAAAGGUAAAGGUAUUGCAGCUGAAGAAUUUAGAAACCGCACUGUCUACCUUAAAAAUCAGGCUCUUCAAAUGUUGUCCAAACAAGGCUUAACAGGUAACUUAAAUUUCAAACUAAAAAUUUACUUUACAAAAGAAUUUUACAAAAAGCACACCAAUUAA